ACAAAUCAUGUGACUUUUUGCACAUGACUGGCUAGCGAGCGAUGAGCACGGCUCCAACACAUGACAGCUUUAUCUAUCUACGGUAUGAUAACUAAAACAUCUACAGGAUCACAUUGUCGACAACCUGAAUGAGGCGGAGUCAUCAUGUCGGGCAGUAGAUUUCUAGUGUGGACAGUGCUUCUUGGUAUUUUGUCAUUUGGAGGGGCAUCGAAGUUGACAUUUUCAUCCUCAUCCCUGUCUGUGGAAACACAGGGGACGUCUCAAAUUGAUCUCAAGCUCGACAACCAGCUAAAUGAGACUGCUGUGGUUUAUUUCACCUAUCAGAUUGGUGAUGGUGCCAUAGAAGAUACCGAGAACACACUGCUGAUUCAGCUAGUACCAAAGGUGAACUUGACCACAGAUGUCACAACGGUGACUGUCAAUGUAACGGGUGUCAGUCCUGGUCACCUGAACCUGGGAGUCAACUCAUCAGCAGAGGAACUGGAGGACCUCAUUGAUCAGUUUGUGCGAGUUGACAUCAUCCAUAGUUCAGCGCUGUCUGUUAUCAAUGCUGUGAUUGGCUGGAUAUAUUUUGUAGCUUGGUCGGUGUCUUUUUACCCACAAGUCUACUCUAAUUAUAAGAGGAAGAGUGUGGUUGGUCUAAACUUUGAUUUCCUUUGCUACAACAUCACUGGCUUCUUGGCAUAUGGCUUCUUCAAUAUAGGCAUGUUCUGGAUUCCUCUAGUAAAGGCCCAGUAUUUUCAAGAACAUGCUCGUGGGAUCAACCCUGUCCAGCUGAAUGAUGUCAUCUUUACAUUGCAUGCUGUAUUUGUCACGCUGGUCACAAUAGGACAGUGCUUCAUAUACGAGAGAGGAGGUCAGAAAGUCUCUAAAAUAUGCACUGUGCUGUUGGCUGGCACCUGGCUGUUCGCGUUUAUAGCUCUGUUCGUGGCAGUGGGCAAAAAGAUCACCUGGCUGGAAUACCUGUACUAUUUCUCCUACAUCAAGCUGGGAGUGACUCUCAUUAAAUAUAUACCACAGGCCUGGAUGAACUACAGAAGGAAGUCGACACUCGGCUGGAGCAUUGGAAACGUCCUCCUGGAUUUUACUGGUGGUUCUCUCAGCCUGCUGCAGAUGUUCCUCAUCGCCUAUAACAAUGAUGAUUGGGGCUCUAUAUUUGGUGACCCUACCAAGUUUGGCCUGGGAUUCUUCUCAAUCCUGUUCGAUAUCCUCUUCAUGAUCCAGCACUACUGUCUGUACCGAGGACAGAACCCAUACGAGAUUGUUAAUGAAAAAGAGAGCAUUGUCAAUGUCCCUAGCCAUAGUUAACAAGCUAAUAGAAUAAAUGGUCUAAUCAGCUGUGGGCAGUCUGUAGUGCAUGCGGCAGUCAUUGCCAGUUUAUGAGGCAGUCAUUGCCAGUUCAUGAGGCAGUCAUUGUCAGUGCAUGGGGCAGUCAUUGCCAGUUCAUGAGGCAGUCAUUGUCAGUGCAUGGGGCAGUCAUUGCCAGUGCAUGAAGCAGUCAUUGCCAGUGCAUGCGGCAGUCAUUGCCAGUUCAUGGGGCAGUCAUUGCCAGUUUAUGAGGCAGUCAUUGCCAGUUUAUGAGGCAGUCAUUGCCAGUUCAUGAGGCAGUCAUUGUCAGUGCAUGGGGCAGUCAUUGCCAGUGCAUGAAGCAGUCAUUGCCAGUGCAUGCGGCAGUCAUUGCCAGUUCAUGGGGCAGUCAUUGCCAGUGCAUAAUGCAGUUAUUGCCAGUGCAUAAGGCAGAUAUUACCAGUUUAUGAGGCAGUCAUUGCCAGUGCAUGAAGCAGGCAUUGCCAUUGCAUGAAGCAGUCAUUGCCAGUUCAUGAGGCAGUCAUUGCCAGUGCAUGAAGCAGUCAUUGCCAGUGUAUAAGGCAGUCAUUGCCAGUGCAUAUGGCAUACAUACAAUUACUUAUUUUAUUAAAUAUAUAUAUAAAUAUAUAUAUAUAUAGAGAGAGAGAGAGAAUGAGGGUUGUUUGAUAGUAAGAGGAUAAACAAUUUGAUUAUUUGAUUUUGAUUAUUUUAAAUUUGAAUUUAUCAGAACAGCUGUUAUUAGGGGAUGAUUGUUUGCAUAAAUGAGGGAUUUAUUAAACUGAUUGUGUACAUAGAAAAAUAUUAGGAUGUUAGGUACAAGUCAUUUGUCAUGUUUAUGAUAGGGAGGAGAUUACCAUGAACUGUCCUCCUUCAGCACUAUUCAAGGUUCAACAAGGAUAAUGUCCAGUAGCAAACAGGACCAAUACUGCAGAUGAUUCGUUUGACAGCUACAAACUAGUGUUUCAAACAUGUGCACCUACUUUUCACUAAUUUACAUUAAUAAAAUAAUUAUUAGUUUGUCAUCCCUGCACACCUCAUUAACUCCCCAAGUUCUUCAGACCAAACAUAUUGCUACGUAUAUUCAGUUAUUUCUUUUUGUGAUGAAAUAUACUAUAUUGUGAAUCUUAUCCAUUAAUGGGUAGUGUACACAGAUGCUUUGAACAUUUAAAAAAAUAUACAGUAAACUACGGUUAUAACGAACCACUAAUUUUAGUUUGUAAUAACAAUAGUUCGUUAUAAGCAAUAUUUUCAGCAUAUAUACAACAAAUGGCCGGG